GAAAAAAAGAGAAAUGACGUUAUUUGAAUAUGUGCCCAAAAUCCUUAAUGAAUAACUUUGGACGAGUAGGAGGCAAAUGCUGCCCCAGCUGUUUCCUGUUGAAAAUGUCUGUGUAAUGUAGAUAAAUGUGAGGGAUUUUCUCUCUAAAUCCGUCUCCUGUUCGCUAAAUCUCACUUCUCCAAAACGAGCCUGCGCAAUGGAACAAAGUCAGAAUAUUGAGAUGUGACAUUGCCCGCAUCUCAUCCUCUUUCUCCCCGUUUUUUAAUGACUUCAAACAAGUUCAUUUUCGCCGGGCUUUGUCUUGCGGAGACCCGUGGGGAUGUCUAGCGCUCUUUCCUUUCAGUGGCAUUUAUGUGAUGUCUUCAAGAGUGCGAUGUGCUGUAUCUCCUGUAGCCACACCCUCUCACUACUGCUGUGCGUCCUCACCCUGACUCCGACGGCAACAGGGGCGGGGCCAGAGACCCUGUGCGGGGCGGAGCUGGUCGACACGCUGCAGUUUGUGUGUGGAGAUAGAGGCUUUUAUUUCAGUAAACCAGCAGGCUAUGGCCCCAACGCACGCCGGUCACGUGGCAUUGUGGAUGAGUGUUGCUUCCAAAGCUGUGAGCUGCGGCGCCUGGAGAUGUACUGUGCACCUGCCAAGACUAGCAAGCCACCCCGCUCUGUGCGUGCACAGCGCCACACAGACAUGCCGAGAGCACCUAAGGUUAGUACUGCAGGGCACAAAGUGGACAAGGGCACAGAGCGUAGGACAGCACAGCAGCCAGACAAGACAAAAAACAAAAAGAGACCUUUACAUGGACAUAGUCAUUCAUCCUUUAAGGAGGUGCAUCAGAAAAAUUCAAGUCGAGGCAACACAGGGGGCAGAAAUUACAGAAUGUAGAGAAGGAGCGAAUGGACAAAAUGCCCGGCGACUUGAGAAAAGAGAAGGGAGCGGCCUUACCUGGUACCCCUGUGGAAUGGUUCACUGUAAAACAAAAGAAAGAGGAUAUAACAGUGGUCCAAAAAAGCUCUUCAAAAUGAGCUAAGAGUUGUUAAAGGGUUUGACGAGGGAUCUUGUGAUUAUUUUAUACACUGCACCAUUCCAUAUCGGGAGGAAUUCUUUGUUAACGCAAUGUAACAGACUAGUUUAGCUGCUGAGACACGAACAAGAGCUUAUUAUACCUCCAUGUGUGAGCUGCAGCAUCACCUGGCUCCAGGAAGGUGGGAACGGAUCUGGGCUUCAGCCAAUCACAGAGCAGCAGAGUGUGUAUGUGAAUCAGUGGUCCAUCCUGUCCCCUGAACUUUGUGGAGGUAAAUCCUGUAACUCUGACAGUGGAUUCAUUUACUCCUUUGGUAAGACAGGAUACUUUGUCACCGGUCACAUGUUACUAUCCCAGUCAGAAUCUCAUCUUACCUUUAGAGUACAAAUGAUUUAUGCACCAUGCAUUACUGGGGAUAUUUUUAAAAAGUAAAAACAAGGUUUGUUUUACAGACGAGACGUGGUGGUUCAUUGUAGGGCACGAAACACAGUUGUUGUUAUUUUACCUUGAGCCCAAAUGGAAUCCCUACAUUUGAAUGAUUAAAUUCAAGUCAGGGUUCUUCUGUCUAAAUGGAGUCCCUAGCAGGUUUGAGUCUGAUCCAAAUCCCUCAUAAGCCUCAGGAAGUGUGGAUAACCUGAGGACUGUGCAUACAAUCCAAACACUUCUGUAACAACAGAGCAAGCACCAUUACAGGGGAUUUUAUUAAAGGUGGGAAGUGCAGGACUACAAAAAUAAGACUGUGCUUUUGCUUGUUUUUGAAAGCAGUAGAACAUAUUAACCAGGAGCAAAAUUGAAUUAAGGUUUUUUGGCCAGUCACUGAUGCAUGUUUGAUUGUCAAAAUGGGUCAUUCAGUGGAUCCAAAGUGCAUUUGGCAUAAAUCAGUGGAAUAAGUCAAAAACCAACAAUCAGGCAAAAGGUCUGUUUUCUGCAUCCUUUCCGCUUGUCAGCACUAUUGCCAAAACUUUUUUUUUUACCCACCAGUGAUCAACAUCUGAAUCUGAGCAGAGGCCUGUGUUUAAGUUUGUUUGAGUCAUGAAGAUCUAGUCACAGGAAGUCGGCUCUUCAAAUAACCCACCAGAAUCAGCUAAAGCCAGUAACAUAGUAUCUUGGCAAAUAUCUUUAUGUUUUCUUUCAAAACUAACAGUUAAGCUACGUUAAAAUGUUCGUAAGUCUGUCAAUACUGAAGCCUAAAGCAAGACAGGGGGGCUCUAACAAUAGCCAAAUAGAUGAGAAAGUUUAAUGAUUGAACAGGCUUGGCCUGUGAUUUAUUUAGCGAGUCUCAUAACUUUGGUACUGCAGUUUUCACAUGGACUGCAUUGCCUGCUAAUAUGGCAACUGCAAUAAAUCUUGACAACACCUGUGGCAAAGUCCACCAGUUUAAACGAUUUGGUAAAUAUUGCAAACCAAAAUUACAUGUACUCCAGAGAUGUGAGACACUACACAGUCCAUCAGUAAACACACACAUGCAAAGUGCCCACAAUCUAAAUAGCAGUUGUGUAACUGAGCAAUGAUCACGUACACACAAUAUCUCUAUCAAAUUCUGAGAACAUCUUGCAUGUGCACUGACAGUAAUGGCUGUUUGUACAAGCCCCCAUGCAGAUAUACAGUCGUGCUAUUGCAUAAAGCCCUGAGACAUCUUUUCUCUGGCUCUGCCUCCUCUGUCUGUGUAUAAUCAAACAGUACUCCCAUUUAUGUUAACCUAUGCAUUACUAUCAUUCAUUGUACAUGAUGGUUUCAUAUAACAAAACUGUAUUAAGAAUCCUAUCCACUGUAUAAUGGUGCUAUUUUGUAGUUUGUUACUUGCAAGAAAUGGCUAAGACAGACAUAUGGCAGGGCUUAUAUUGGAGGUCUUCCCUUUUGCACAGCCUUGUGGCCACCAUUUAAUAGUGUUUUUAUUUGUAAGCUGUUUCAAUAAGGUAGUAGUGUAAGCGAGUAAAUGUAUCUGUGUGAAAUCUGUGAAUGCAUGGAGAAAAAAAAUAAAAUACCAUGUUAUGGUCCCAAGAAGGCAAAAUGCUAUUUUUUCUACUGUUUUUAAAUUAUUUUCUCAAUAUAGAUCCCUUAUGCCAAAAAAAAAAAAAAAAAAAAAAAAAAAAAACUUGACAAAAGUACUGUGAACUGUGAUUCUUCCAAUUGUAUUGAGAUUGUUAAAAGUCAUGGUAUGCUUUUGUCUGUCCUGAGAUGUAUGUGUACAUGCAUCUCACUCGAAGCUAAGGUGUUGACCAUUUAAAAUCACUUAAAGCGAGACUACGUAACUUUUACUAAAAAGGAAACUCUGUGAACACAAAUGGUAAUUGCAGUAUAAUAGAACAUUAAAACUAAAUGUAAAUUUAAGCAUAUUUAAACAGACAAUUGCUUUAAAACACGAUUAUAAUAAUCUGAAGUAUGCUAUAACAUAGCUUAAUGUUGCAAAAAGUAGCACAGAGCCCAAAAAGUUGCAAUUCAUUGCAAGCUAAAGGUUGCUAAAAUUAGCUAGCAUAUAAUACAUAUCGUACAGGAACACUUAUAGCAGCAAUGGCAUGUUUAUCACACUUGUGUUUUUAAAAGUUACAUGGUCUCACUUUAAGAAUAAGCCAGGAGUUUUAAUUUACUUUGUUCAAAAGAUUUCUUAGCAGCUCUCUGGAGUAAAUCAUGUUUUCUCAACGUGUUUUUUUAAUCUAUAAUACUCAAGGUUUUCAAAUGGGAAUUUGAAUUUUGUGCUUUUAUGUCUGUUCUUGCAAAUUUUCUCAUCAGUCCACCUGGUGACUGGAAUGAGAAAACAUCACUAGGUCUUCAGAUGUACUAUACAAAACCAAAGACUUUGAUGAGAAUAAGCUUCACUCAGCAAUGUUAUGUCAUGAAGUAAAGUUAUGACCAAUUCAUUAAAUAUUAAGUGAUGCCAUCCCUGUCUGAACUGCACUGCAGCUACAAUUCGCCCUUCACACACUGUCUCUGGUACCUGAAAUACAGCUUGUGUAAUAAAUAGUAAUGUGAGCUGAAGUGAAGUUUGUUAUUAUAUGUGUUAUAUUUGGAGCAGCAGUGAAGAAAGCCACAGCAACCAAGUUCAAACCGUCUCACUAGGAAUCAUUCAGACAUUUUUGUUUGUCAUUUGUGUGAAAUAAUGAAUAAAGUUGAAAAUGUGGGAGUUAAUGAGA